AUGCUUGUUAUUGGACUAUGGACCGGAUCUAGAUGGGCGUUAUUUGUUAAGUAAGCGAUACUAAACUAUAUAAAUUAAAUUAAACUUUCAGAGAUCUAAAGCUGCUGUAUUUACAAAACUCAUGCAAUAAAAUGGCAACCUUUUUACAAUCUACCAGUGAGAAGGGAUCUGACAUGGUCCAAGACUUCUUAUGUUCGACCUGCGAAGACAAGAAUCUGGAUAAAAUAUCUGAUUUCUACUGUGAAUCUUGUGUUAAAUUUUACUGCGGAAAAUGUAUUGGCAUGCACAGCCAGUUGUUUACGAAACAUGCCCCCUAUGGAAGGGCAGAUAAGAAGAAAUGGCCAGUGGCCAAGAAGGUGGAAGAUUUUCUUCUGAAUGUGUGAUGUCCAUAAAGACAAAAACCUUGAAAUGUUUUGUGAUAAUCACAGUGAACUGUGCUGCACAAACUGUGCAAUUCUUAAUCACAGACACUGCCAAAAGAUAACUCUUAUAUCCGACAUCGUAAAAAGUCAGUCUACAGACCUUCAACAACUGUCAGUUUCUAUCCAAACUAUUUUGAAAGCAUUGACGAAACUUCAAGAUAACCAAGAGGCUAGCAUUCAGUAUGUGCAAAGUUCAUAUGAUGAACAGCUAAACAAGAUACAGGAAACUCGCAGAGAAAUAAAUACAGCCUUAGACACGAUUGAACAGAAGACACUGAAGGAAAUGAAAGAUACUCUAAGCAAACUGCAAGUCUUUUCCAAAAAAGAUGUUGACAACUGCAACAGGCUAAGGGAUGAAUUGAAACAACUUCGGGACACCAUACAGGACAUUAGCGAUAAAAGCAAAAUGGAACUAUCCUUUAUAGCCACCAGGAAAUGCAAGGUGAUAAUAGAACAAUCUGAAAAUUUUCUGAAGAAGAACUAUGUUCAGGAUAAAUUUUAUGUAACAUUCCAGCCUAACAGUGAAAUUGUACAGUACUUGUCAACACUGUCAGGUCUUGGGAGGAUUAAACACAGUACGGAGAAAUUGAUGGGAGAAGAGAAUCCAAACAAGGUAAUCACUGUGCAAGAACAGUAUGUACACAAUAUGCGAAUAUCAAGUGAUUGGAAUGAAUGCAAUAUCAAAGCCAUCUUAGUCCUCCAGGAUGGACAGGUCCUGGUUGCAGACAACAAUAAUAAGAAAAUCAAGCUUCUUGACCAGUGUUACCAGGUGGUGAGUAACUGUAGUUUGACUGCCUUUCCACAAGAUCUGUGUGAUAUCACACCCAGUGAGGUGGCUGUGACUGUCAAUGAAAAUGCUUAUAAUAUACAUGAGGUCAAGUUUAUCACAGUCAACAACAGGCAGCUAUUGACAGGAAGGGAGCUUCAGUUACCACAUGCAUGUAUUGGUAUUGCCUGCCACCAAGGAGACCUGUAUAUUACUUCUGCUACUGCAUUGUAUAAGUACACAUUGAGUGGGAAACUUGUCAACAAGAUGUAUGAAGAUACAUCAGACACUUACACAGUAUAUAAGUGUGCUGUGAGUCCCACAGGGGACAAGUUGUACAUCACUAACACCUCCCAUGCCAAGCUCCUCACUCUGGCCAGGGAUGGCUCAGUCCUGGCCACCUUCAUUGACCCUGCACUACAAUGGCCAAAAGGUCUUCAUGCUACACAUGCAGGCCAGGUGCUGGUAUGUGGAAACAAUUCCAAUACUAUCCUACAAGUAGACAGUGAGGGCAAGAGGAAGCUGGCUACUCUUGGUACAAAGGAGGAUGGAGUAGUGUCCGCAUGGUCAGUCUGCUACAACAGACACACUGCCUCCAUCAUUGUGGGACUUGAACGGAACAGCAGUAUCCUGGUGUUCAAAGUAAAAUAAUGUAAUUCUACAUGUACCUUGAUUGAUGAUUCAUAUUAUUUCAAUGGCCAUAGGAUUGCGCUGUGUGAAGUGUUAUAAUAAUUAAACAUUGUUAGUAUUUUGCAGUUGCAUUGUUUUGAAAACCAAUAAUGUCAUAAGUUCAAAAACUGUUACGAGUUUCAGUGAAAAUAAGAACAGCUGUAGUGUUUAUUAUCUUGUUACAUCUAUAACAAUUGUUUUUGUAUUUCUCAUUGACUUGACAGGUCGACUAGAACUGCUGGUGAAAAUAUAGAAACAAUUUUAGUCCAGAAUAUAGUGUCUGUUUUUUACAUUACAUCACAUUACAACACAAUUACACCAGAACUAUAUAUGCGUAUAGGCUGUCGUUUCUUUAAGAUACAUGUCAAAUGUAUUGAAGAUAACUUAAGUUUUUCAUUGUUGAUUUUGAAUAAUGAUUACUUGUUUUUUUCUUGCACUGAGAACAUGUUUCUUGGUAAUUUAUAACUAUUUAUUCAGCGUAGCUGUCUCAUCCAGGUUUUGAUUUACAUUAAUAUUCAUUGAAAUGAUGAGAAUAGUUUCCGCCAUGAAACGUAUAUGAAUAAAUGAUAAUUCAGCAUGGGCUAAUAUGAAACUUAUAGAUAUGCAGCAUUGCGUUUUGCAAUGAUCUAAACCGAGUAUACAGGGUGAAAAUAUUUUAUAAAGUUUAGAAAUAUGAAGCAUCUACAACAGUCUGACAUAUAUAAAACUGUCAAAAUCACAAAUUGUGUGCGUAUUCUAGAAGGCUUUGUUCUAAUACAUAACAAUUAGUUUUAUAUUGCAUUAAGAGCAGUUGUAUAUAUUAUUUCAUAGUGUUCUUUACUGUUUCCUACCUUAAUACACUUAACUCAUUGAAAUUGUUUUUGAUUGAUUGCCAACUUCGUCAAAAAUCAAUUGACCGGAACAAAACUCACACUUCACCUGUAAGUCAUGUGGGUAGACUCACACACCAAAAAUCAGAAGAAUAGCAGAAAGUUGUUCGUGAAAAAUACUCCAGAAAACGGUUAUUAAAGAGAAAAUGUCGAAGAACAAGCCCAUAGCUUCACCAAAAAUCAAUGGACAGGAAAGAAACUCAAAACUUUACCUGUAAGUCAUCCAGAUUGACUCACAUAUUAUCAGCUCAAUAUCUGAAAGCGUUGCGUAAACAACAUCCGGAAAACAGUUUUAUAGAGAACAAGAGCUGUCAUCAUAGGAUGACAUAUGCCCCUAUAUACGUUUGAUAGAAGUUAUGAGCUUUUUUCAAAACCGAAACGCAGAUUUCGAAACCUAAACGCGGACCAUAAGUUCAAGGUCAAGGUCACAGGGGUCAAAAUUUGUGUGCGUAUGGAAAGGCCUUGUCCAUAUACACAUGCAUGCCAACUAUGAAAUUGCUAUCUGAAGCGACAUAGAAGUUUUGAGCAUUUUUCGAAACCUAAACGCAAAGUGUGACGGACAGACGUACAGAUGGACGGACAGACGGACGGACAUUCCGAUCGCUAUAUGCCCUCCUUCGGGGGCAUAAAAAUAUUAAGUCCUAGGCCAAUAACUUCACCCAAAAAUCAAUGGACUGAAAAAACUCACUCUUCAUCUGUAGGUCAUAAAGGGAGACUCACACACUAAAAUUCAGCUCAAUGUCUAAAAGCGUUGCGUAAAAAACACCGGCAAACGGUUAUUAUAGAGAAAAUGCAUUAUAGUAUACACGGGUGUUAAUGAACCGUAUUUAAUAUAUUGUCGAAGAUAAUGGACGUGUUAUUGACAAUUCACUGUCUCGUAAUUAAAACAACAUACAACC